UCGAUUCAGCGGCGAAUGAAGGUGAUUAGACCAGGUGAAACACAGUAACGAGGUGACAAUAACUUCAGCAUUCAAGUUUCAUCAGUGUAUUAAGGUGAACAGUUGAGUAACUUGGUGCAGAAAUAUUCGCAAGACAUCUGAAGUUGAUGGGAUUUGAGCCUUCCCAGGUUUCCUUAUUGAGAUAUCAGAUCAAAAUUCAUCAUGCCAUAUCUCCUCGAGCCAGUACCUUGAUCACAUGGAGGAAAGACCACAUCUCUGUCAGAUACUUCUGUGGCACUGUCCCAUGACUGCUUUGACAGAGAAAUUUUCCUCUUUUUGCAUUUUGGUGUGACGAGGGAUCAUGGUCCGUCUGACAGUAGAUCUGAUUGCCAAAUAUAGCAGUCGGUCUAAGAAUAAAAAACACCACUCCAUCCCACAGUAUCUCAAGAAAGUGACCCAUUUAAACUUCUCAGACAAGAACAUAGAGGAGAUUGAUGACUUGUCAAUGUGUCGAAAUCUCACAGUCCUGUACCUGUAUGACAACCAGAUAACGCACAUCUCGAACCUGAGCCACUCCUCCAACCUCACCCACUUGUACAUGCAGAACAACAACAUCAUGAACAUCGAGAACCUCUCUGCUCUGAGCAAGCUUACCAAAUUGUAUCUUGGGGGAAACUGCAUCAUGGUGGUGGAGGGUCUGGAGACGCUUAAGGAACUGAAGGAGCUGCACAUUGAGGGCCAGAGGCUGCCACCGGGACAGAAGCUGCUCUUUGACCCCAUGACCAUGCACUCGCUUGCAGCAUCACUGUCUGUCCUCAAUAUCAGCAAGAACAACAUUGAUGACAUCAGUGACCUGGUUCCUCUGACAAAGCUUACCCAUUUCUAUGCGACAGACAACCAGUUGAAUGACAUAGAGGACUUAGAGAUAGUGUGCAGCCAGUGGCCUGAGUUACUUCGGCUGGAGCUGACUGGAAACCCCAUAUGCCAGCAACCCAAAUACAGAGACAGACUCAUACCUGUGUGCAGAACACUGGAGGAUUUUGACGGGAAAAAAAUCAAUGAGCUGUCCAGGCAGUUCCUAAUUAACUGGAAAGCCUCCAAAGAAGCCAAGAAGAAACUGAAGGAUGAGAGAAUCAUGACAGGACAGAUCAUUUACCCCAUCGACGUCGCCAUUCACGAGGUCCCCGAAUGUUCUUACAUUGUCCCCUACGGCAGCUUCAAGGGCAAGAAAAGGACGAAGGACUUCGGCAGACCCAUUGCUAAGAGCAGGACGGAUGGUGCGAAAAGUGAAUGCUGUAAACUGAGGUCACGGACUGUAAAAUUCCCAAUAAGUGCUGGGAACCUUGUCACCAACUGCCAUAAAACUAGGAGUCAUCUUGUGUUGCUUUAAGGAAUGAUACAACUGCCCCUCUUCACCUAAAACAUAAUUGCUUUCCCCAUACAUACCUUUAGUCUAUUUAUUGUCUGUCUCAUUCUCUCUUUCACUCACUCAGUCUCCCUCUCUCUCUCUCUCUCUCUCUCUCUCUAUCUGUCGCUCUCUCUCUCACACACACACACACACACACACACAUGUGCGCGUGCACGCACACACAUGCACAUGCACACACUCACACAGCAAAGCUCAGCCUGUCACUGCAGCAUCUGGAGAGGAUCUCUGCCCUCUGAAGAUGGAAGUCUAUAGCCAUAGUUUGCCACUGUCACUUCCCUGUCAGAGUGGAACAUUUCACAUGGAUGGAACACACUGUGCACUGUGGACUUUGCUGCAAUUUAACAGAACAAGUUCUGGUUUAGUUCCUCUGCCCCGUGUUUGAAAUAUGACUAAUAUAGUUUCAUAUUGCACUUUUUGUAGUUUACAGUGAAAUCACAAUUAAAAUGACAUUACCUUUACAGAAAUGAA